AUGGCAACAAACAGCAACAUUGCCACCACGUCAACUGGAUCAUUCGCCUAUCCUCCACUGUACAAUUUUCCGCCAUUCUUCACUUUACAACGUAAUGCACAGACACUUGCAUCUCAAUUAACCACUUGGACAAGGUUCGUAUUGGACUUCUGUCAGCAUAAUCGGAUAUUCACACUAGAUGUAGAAGGAGCAUGGGAAAGGACAACUGGUGCUGGAGGUCUAUUUCGCAAUGCAGCAAUUCAAAGAGAGCUGAAUUCUGAUUCUAUCAGACAGGUAUUCAAAGCAUUAGUAGAUCAAGGAAGUGCGACUUGGGAUCCUCCAAUAGCAAAGUCCAAUUCAAAAUCUGCAAAUAAGUCACUUGUUGUUGCAGAUAGAAUAUUAGUAUUUUGGAGAAAGCCUGAAGAAUGGGGAGAACAAAUCUUUAAUUGGAUUAGCAAGACUGGACAAAAUGGAAGCAUUAUGACGUUCUUUGAAUUAACAGAAGGUGAUCUAGUGCAAGAUCAAGAAUUUCAUUAUUUGCCCAUACCGCUACUCAGGCUGGCAUUGCUCACUCUAGAGAAACAAGGAAAAGCAAGGGUAUUUGAAGGUACCGAAGGAGGAGAUAGCACCACAGGUGUCAAGUUUGCCUAA